AUGGCCGCCUCCACCAUGUCUGUCUGCUCUGACGCCUGCACCAACUCCUCCUGGCAGGUGGACGACUGCCCAGAGAGCUGCUGUGAGCCUACCUGCUCCCCCUGCACUACUCUUAUCUGCACCCCAGUGAGCUGUGUGUCCAGCCCCUGCUGCCAAUCUGUCUGCUGCACACCCUCAUGCUGCCAGCAGUCUAGCUGCCAGCCCUCAUGCUGUCAAUCUUCCUGCUGUGUGCCUGUCUGCUGCACACCCUCAUGCUGCCAGCAGUCUAGCUGCCAGCCAGCUUGCUGCACCUGCUCCCCCUGCCAGCCGUCCUGCUGUGUGACUCUUUGCUGCAAGCCUGUCUGCUGUGGGGCUUCCUCCUCAUGCUGCCAGCCAUCCUGCUGUCAAUCUUCCUGCUGCAAGCCUGUCUGCUGCAAGCCUGUCUGCUGCACACCCAUCUGCUCUGGAUCUUCCUCAUGCUGCCAGCCCUCAUGCUGUGUGCCUGUCUGCUGCAAGCCUGUCUGCUGCAAGCCUGUCUGCUGCAAGCCUGUCUGCUGCAAGCCCUGCUCCAGCGUGUCCCUGCUCUGCCGCCCUGUGUGCAGACCUGCCUGCUGUGUGCCCACCUCCUCCUGCUGUGCCUCCUCCUGCCAGCCCAGCUGCUGCAAGCCUUGCUCCAGUGUGUCCCUGCUCUGUAGGCCUGCCUGCUCCCGCCAGGCCUGCUGUGGCCUCUCCUCGGGCCAGAAGUCCAGCUGCUGCUGA